UUGCAUGACAUCAUAAAUGAUUAUGGAUACUGCUCGAGAUUGUACUGUCGUUUACAUUUGUUAUAUUGAGAUCAUCAUUUACAGUAGGUAAUGAUAUUCUCCCUCUGGUUUUGAAGAAUUUACAAUGAAGUUCACUGGAAGGGUUCUUCUACUGGCCAUCCUUCUUCAGACCCAGACUGUGUGCUUUAAGAUAUGGCUCUUCUCAGAAAAACCUCGAACCACCACCCAUCAGCAGAUGACAGAAACCGCAAUUCUAAACGUUUCAGCAGAGGCUUGCAGGACUUUGGCAAAGGCUGAGGGAAGGGACUUUGUGCUGCCGACAGGUCCACUUUCAGCUGAGUCCCUGGCAAUGGCUUGUGCAGCCGCCGACUCUGCCAAACCCUUUCAGACUUCAAUUAAAACCAUUCGAUUUGGCAAUGCUGCUACAGAUGUUGCCUUCGUCCUCUCACCCGAGCACCAUUUUGACAAUGAGCAGAUUUUAAGAGGCCGUGAGCGCAUCAAAACUGGUUUGGAGGCAGUGAAGGCAAACAUUAGGUUGGAGAACUUUAUUGCAGCCAGAUGGACACUGGGAGUAACCCUACACACCUUACAAGACUUUUACAGCCAUAGUAACUGGAUUGAGAUGGGUAAAAGGGUUCCUUUCUCAUCCUUAAUCAAACCAGAUGUCAUAAUAAGAAACAUUGCAGAUGAAAAAACCCCAACAUGUGGAGAGUGUGAUGGACAAAACUGUAAUAACAUCCUGCAAAGCAUCCUGAAUGACCAGCUGCUCACCACUGGAUACUUUGGAUUGACAAAACCAGACGGUAAGUGCAGUCACGGAGGCUUUCCUGAUCUAAGUAGUUUACAUCCGCCAAAGGGCGGCAUCAACAAAGACGACGAGGAUUCGAUACACGGUGGCCUCCAUCCUGUGGCUGUGGAGGUAGCCACCGCUGCCACCAGAGAACUCCUGCAGGACAUCAGGGGGGCUGCUGGGGAUCAAGACUUCCUAAGGUUGAUGGGAGUGACACGGUCCUCUUCUGUUCUGUGCUUUGUCAUCGACACUACUGGGAGCAUGGCUAAUGACAUUGUGGAGGUCAAAAGGGUGACCUCGAGCAUCAUAGACAGCAGGAGGGGAACACCAGACGAACCCCCUGCCUACAUUCUGGUGCCAUUCAAUGAUCCAGACUUUGGCCCUCUUAUAAGGACAACGGAUGCAGACAUUUUCAAAGCGCAAGUCAACGCUCUCACAGCAACUGGAGGAGGAGACUUCCCUGAAUUGAGCCUGUCAGGUCUACAGCUGGCUUUAACAGGUGCACCACCGUCAUCCAAAAUAUUUCUUUUCACUGAUGCAACGGCAAAAGAUGACCACCUGAGGAGCACUGUUCGUGCACUAAUUGAAAGGACUCAAUCAGUGGUAAACUCCAUGCUGACAGGGGUAUUAAGUGGGGCCCGCAGACGCAGAAUGCCCAAUGACGACCAGCAGAACCAAAGACUGCGCUUCUUUGACCAGUCGUCCAUUCAGCUCUACCAGGAGCUGGCCCUGGCGUCAGGAGGCCAGGCCAUCCAAGUCACCAAAGAGGACCUGCCGCAGGCCACUAGCAUUAUCGAAGACUCCACUAGUUCAGCUCUGGUGACCAUAUUUCAGGCUGUGAGGAACCCUGGUAAAGCUGAAAAUUUCUCCUUCAUUGUGGACGACUCUUUGAGAAAGUUGACAGUGUACAUCACAGGCAGCUCGCCCAUAUUUACCAUCAUCAGCCCUACAGGUGCGACCCAGAAUAAUACUGAAUUCUCUGGAGCUCUGGGAAGCAUCCAGACGGCGGGGAAUUUCAGGACUGUGCGUCUGAACACCACUGAGCAGGGAGGGGUGUGGGAGAUCCGUGUGGACUCCACACAGGCCUACACCGUCAAAGUGAUAGGUCAGAGUGGCAUAGACUUCCUCUUUGACUUUGUGGAGAUAUUUAUGGAACCGCAACCUGGAUUUCAAAUCUUAUCAGGACGGCCAUCUGCUAAUAAGAAUGCCACACUUUUUGUGACCGUAACGGGUGAGUCCGUAAGUCUCACUGGGGUCGAGUUGGUUCCAACGUCUGGUGCGCAGCCUGUCAACACAACAGUGGAAGACAGAGGCCAGGGCGACUACCUGGUGACUGUGGACAGACUACCCGAGGGCGAGUUUGCAGUUCGUGUCACAGGGCUAACCGGUGUAGCGUCCAGGACGUCACAUAACCUGUUUCAGAGACAGACGUCUACUCAGCUAAGGACCUCUGGAGUCACAGUGACUGUGUCUGCACUGGUGAAUGACUCUUGGGAGCCUGGCACAAACCUCACCAUCCCCUUCACCAUAGCCUCUAAUGCCAGUGGGUCUGGUAGCAACUUCACCAUCCAAGCGAGGAAUGAUCGCGGGUUCAGCUCCUCUUUCCCCAGCAGUGUGACCCUGGAAGCUGGAGGUCGUGCUGCGGGCACAGUGACCCUAACAGCUCCCUCGGACACAGCCUCAGGCACCGACGUCACGCUGACCAUCGAGGCUGAGGCUCCCGGAGGCUCAGACUCCAACUAUGCUGUUCAGCGCCUGACAGUCAUUGCUAAGACGACCGACAUAUUGUCUCCCACAUGUGAAGUGGUUAGCGUUAACGCUAAUUGCACUGGGAACUGUACUCUUCUCUCCUGGGAACUCUCCGCAAACCUGACGGAUGGCAAUGGGACGGGCAUCGCGAGAAUCACAGUCCGCCAGGGCAGCGGUACCCUCAACACCACCGUGGUGACAGGAGUGGACGGACUGAACGUGACCCUGGCCACUUACAGGGCCUCCUGCUGCUCCGAGGAAGUGGAGCUGGUGGCUGUGGACGCAGUGGGGAAUGUGGGUGUCUGCUCCAGAUCCAUAAGAGCCUCGAGUAGCACAGCGGAGCCUCCGACUACAGCCCCGGUUGCAACUACUAUGGCCCCAACAACACCCCCAACAACUGCCCCAACUACUUCAAUGCACACUGAAAGCAUGACAUCGCAGAUCACUGCAGCUAACAGCACCUCUGGUGGGCAGAGCUCUCUGGCUUCACCUUGUUCAUUCUGGUUCAGCCUGAUUCCUUUCUCCCUUAUAAACAUUCUAACACACUAGGCAACACUGCAAAAGCAUUCUUUUGUGUCUAGAACUGACUCAUGCUACAAAUUAGUAAUCGUUUAAUUAGUUACUAAUUUCAAUACAAAAAAAGGCAUUUAUAUCAAAGAACGGUGAAUCUGUGUACUUUUACAUGCUAUAUCAUUAAAGGA